AUGAGGAGGACAGAGCACUCUUCUUCUUGGCAGAGCAAAGGUUAUGCUCAUAGGUUACUUUCCCACCGCUGCUGCCUCUACUACUGCAGGAACGGCUACACGGUGUGGUCAGUGAAAGAGGGAAACAUAUUUGUGACGAGUUUAGAAGGGAAAGCAAUGGCCGUAUCUAACACCACAUUUGUUCGUCCUGCAAAGUUCUAUCUGAGUGGGUUUUCCAACAUUCCUCAUGUAAAGUAUUACUACGUCUUCCUGUGUUUUGUCUACAUCGUGACUGUUAUCGGGAACGGCCUCCUCCUCUCAGUUAUUUACCUGGUGAAGACUCUUCAUACCCCAAAGUACAUGAUUGCGUUCAACCUGGCUUUGACAGAUCUGUGUGGGAGCACUGCUCUCAUCCCGAAACUCUUGGACACAUUUUUGUUUGACAGGAGAUACAUCGUCUACGAGGCUUGUUUGAGUUAUACGUUCUUUGUUGUGUUCUUUGGUGGUGUGCAGUCGUGGACUCUUGUGGCUAUGGCAUAUGACAGAUUUAUAGCCAUUUGCUUCCCUUUAAGGUAUCACAGUUUUGUGACUACUAGAGUGGUUGCUGCAAUGCUGCUGUUUACGUGGAUUUUCUUGUUGGGUGCAGUAUCAUUCCUGGUUGGAAUUAUUGAUCGCCUGUCGUUCUGUGGAUCUUUGGUGAUAAAAAGCUUUUUCUGUGAUUAUGGCCCGGUAUAUAGUCUGGCUUGUAACGAUAAGUCCUUAAGUUACACAGUAUCAUUUCUUAUUGUCACUAUAAUUGUCUUCAUUCCUCUUAUUUUAAUAGCUAUCACAUAUGUUUGCAUCUCCAUCGCUCUGAACAGGACUGCGUCGGGAGAAGAAAGACUCAGAGCGCUGAAAACUUGUAGUUCUCACCUGAUACUUGUUGCUGUGGUUUUCCUACCAAUUGUGGGCAACAAGAUAGCUUCAUUAGCCUCUAACAUCCAUCCAAACGCUAGGAUCAUAAACUCCUCGUUGACACGCACCAUACCUUCUUUUCUUAAUCCUAUUGUAUACUCUCUGAAGACAGAAGAAGUGCUGAGUGCUAUCAAGAAGCUUUGCAAAAGGAAUAGACUUACUAACACAACCACAAAAUUGUGA